AAGAGUGAAGUGGUUACCCGCCGCCAAUGGAUCUGUAUAUCUUAUUUUGCUCGCACAAAGAUGACCCCGCGUCUCUGAUCUUACGUAUCGGAUUCGUGCAGGCCUCUCCUUAACGCGAGUACAAAUAUGUCAUGGCGCAGCGGUCAUGUCACUGAUAUUGUUGGCGUGGCUUGACCUCGCCUUAAGUAUAACUGUCCUUGCGGUGAACCGCAGUCUCUCAAAGCGGUGCUCUGUCUUAGCGAGCCCGUCUCCGUCCUACUGCUUAAGAAAACUAACGGUGCUGUGAAGUUUCAUUGUUGUGACACGAGUUGGUUCUCCUGUGAUUUCGUAUGCGGUCGACGAUGAUGCGUGUAGGAAUGCCGCUCGCACUGGUGUCGCUGCUACAGCAGCUGGUAAUCAUCCUGCUUGCUGUGACGGUUGUGACUGGGACACUCGAGACGAAGCGCAAGACACGCAUCACCUGGCCUCCACAGCGCCGAGAGGCCAGGGUAGGCGAGACAGUGGUGCUUCGCUGCGACGUCACUGCGGACCCGAGCUUGGAACUGAGCGUCCAGUGGCUCUUCAACGACAAACCAAUUGGCUUCGACGCCGAUCCCCGCCUGGUGAUGAAACGUGACAACUCGCUUAUGAUCACGCGAGCCGUCGAGCUCGACUCUGGUGUUUACACGUGCGUGGCGAAAACUGCGGUGGACAGCGACCGAGCGAACGCCACACUUGUUGUUUUGGACGUCCCUAAUCCUCCGGAGAUAGUGCACGUGGAAUGCGGCGAGUUCUCGGCGCUCGUGAAGUGGACGUCCCGGGAUGACAACCGCACGCCAAUCCUGUUCUACUCGAUCCAGUACACCACGAACUACAAGCCUGACUUGUGGGAUUACAUCGCUACAAACAUUCCAGCGAGUGACAAUCGAUUCAGGCUGUCGCUAAAACCGUUGACCGUAUACAAGUUUAGAGUGACGGCGCACAAGGUCGGCCAAUCGCCAGUGUCCGAGCCUUCGCCGAUUACAUGCAAGACCAACACAGACGUACCCUACAAGAACCCCGAACGUGUGGCGGCCCGUUGGGACGAUGCGGACAACCUGGUCAUCUCGUGGAAGCCCAUGCCGCCCUCAGAGCACAAUGGGCGCCGUUAGGGCUACACGGUGAUGUGGCGAGGCGACUUCCCGGGUCCUAAUUGGAGCAGCCGUGCAAUCAUGGAUUGGACGCAGGACCGGAUCGUUGUACCCGGCCUGUACAAGAGCAAGCCUUACCGCAUAAGGGUGGAGGCGCACAGCCUGGAGAGAAAGGCGCGGGUCGACGUCAGGGAUGUAAUCAUCGGCCGGGGUGGCAAGGGGCAGCUCACAAAGCCCAGGGCCUCUGACGUCGUAGAAAUGGCCUUCGCCGUUCUUGCUGUUGUUCCACAAGUCAUUAGGGGAUUGUGGUGACAGCCUAAUUAGGGUGUGCGGGCAGCACUGUGAGCUCGGGCCGCACUAAACCCUUUAACUCGUCAAACAUUUCUUGUAAGCUGCAAAAAAAAAACGAAUUUUUUUUUUACUUCGCCUAGGGUUUGAAAGUAGCAUUUUCAUCCCAAAAGUAACAUAUGUAUGUUCUAUUUCGUGUGCUCAUUGAAAUCAUUGAAUAACAAGCCGUAUUUCGAGGAAGGCAGCUCUUCAUUUAUUUGACGGGAAAAGAGCCACGGAAAUACUCUGCAGAUAUUGAGUAGAUCAAGCUUAGAUAACAGGUGAUAUUUUUUUAGGGCGUCUGAUAAAAUAUUAAAGGCCACAAUUAUUUUAAAAAAUCUUCGAACCUCGGCAGAUAUAGAGGGUCGAAUGUAUCGAAGUAAAAGUUUGCAGGUAACGUGUAACUUUAAAAAAGUGACUGCUAGUUAAUUUGCGGGGUUUAGUGUUUAACAGUAUUCGACAAAGUUGAAAUGGACUGGCCACAAAAAAAAAAGGAAGUGCUCCGGCAAGCUGACCAGGUGGCAUUGUUAUUUACAUAUGCCUACGAAAAGGUUGAAUAAAUCUGCUAAUGUUGCAUAUUCUCCAUUUUGGAACCAAAAGCGUCCCUGCUCUGGGGGCCGCCGACGAUGUGGCGAGGAGGACUCUCCCACCUAAAACGGCACUGCUGAAGGUCGCUGUGGCAGAAGCGCCGGACACUUGUCACCCCUCGAACUGCGUGCGAAUGCCUAGCGGGCGCGUUCUACGAACAGCGACAGACGGGGCGGGGCGUUGGUGCCCUUGAAGUAUGGAGCGAGUCGCUUGCACUUGCGGGGUGCAAGAAGAAUGCAGGAAAGUCUGGUUGGCACUGUGUAUUGGUACUUUCUCUCUUCUCUCUCCCCUUUCCCGUCCCCUCUAGUGAUAAUAAAAUAGUCUUCUUGAUGCGCUCGAAA